GUCAUCCAAUUUGGCACAAUGGGAAGAAUUUCCAGUCACUUGAUAUUGUCGUCUAAUCAGUUCCCGAUUUUAAAAUUGCAUAUUCAAUGUUGAGUUUACCCCGUUGGUUUUGAAUGCACGAUUCAAACUGUUUUAAUAGAAAACAGGAAAAAAUAGACAUUUUCCUCGAGGAAUUUUUAGAACCUAAUCACGGUUCACGGAGGUAAUUUAUCUUCACGGUUUCGCAACUGUAAACUAGGACGUGGAAGGUGCAGACUCAUUUCAUAAAGCUUGAAGUGCAUUCCAGAGAGCUUGGAGAGUAUCUACACAGUCCGUGCAAAUUACUUGAACAUUUUUGAGCCACUUUAAGCAUUCUCUUUCAUUUGCAGUACUAGAAUGGAGUGCAUUUCAUCUGUUUUACGCCCAAGAUUUCAUCGUAUCGCUUGCUUUUCAAAGGCACCCAAGAUUCGAUGCGCAGUUACUUCUAAAACGUACAAAAUAACCCUGCUUCCUGGUGAUGGCGUCGGUCCUGAGAUUACUUCAGUCGCCAAGGAUGUGCUACGCCUCGUUGGCUCCCAAAAAAAAAUCGACUUUAAGUUCACUGAAAUGCCAGUGGGUGGAGCUGCAAUAGAUGCAGCAGGAGAUCCCUUACCAAAUGAAACUUUGCUUGCCUGCAAAGAAUCAGAUGCAGUGUUGCUUGCAGCUAUUGGCGGGUAUAAGUGGGAUAAUAAUGAACCUCACUUAAGGCCAGAGCGCGGAUUGCUUGGACUUCGUGCUGGUCUUGGUGUAUUUGCAAAUCUGCGGCCAGCUACUGUUUUGCCUCAAUUAGCAGAUUCUUCUACUUUGAAGCGAGAUGUUGCUGAAGGUGUUGAUAUAAUGGUGGUUAGAGAACUUACCGGAGGUAUUUACUUUGGGGAACCUAAAGGCUUUGGCAUAAAUGAGAAAGGUGAACGCAUUGGCUUCAAUACAGAGGUCUAUUCCACUUCUGAGGUUGAUCGAAUUGCUAGAGUGGCUUUUGAGAUUGCUAGGAAACGGCGAGGGAAGCUUUGCUCUGUUGACAAGGCCAACGUGUUGGAGGCUUCACAAUUAUGGCGGGAGAGGGUGACAGCAAUUAGUAAUGAAUACCCUGAUAUUGAACUAUCUCACAUGUAUGUUGAUAAUGCUUCAAUGCAGCUGAUUCGGAAUCCAAAGCAGUUUGAUACAAUUGUGACAAACAACAUAUUUGGAGACAUUCUAUCAGAUGAAGCAUCAAUGCUAACUGGAAGUAUUGGCAUGCUUCCAUCCGCUAGUGUUGGUGAAUCGGGUCCAGGACUUUUUGAACCUGUGCAUGGUUCGGCCCCAGAUAUUGCUGGCCAGGACAAAGCAAAUCCCUUAGCUAUGGUUCUAAGUGUAGCAAUGCUUUUGAAAUAUGGACUUGGUGAAGAAGAUGCAGCCAAUCGCAUCAACAGUGCAGUUUUAGCAACUUUGGAUAAAGGGUUUCGAACUGCAGACUUGAUGUCACCUGGACAGACACUUGUGGGAUGUGCCAGAAUGGGUGAGGAAGUGCUCAAUGCAUUGGAUUUGCUUAGCCCAGCUGCUGUUUUGUCUUGAAUGAAUAGCAUCUAACAGUCACUAGGACACAUAAUACGGUUGCAAUGUUUGUUAGAAUUUGGCAAAUAAUUAAACUCAUUGGUGCUGCUAGUGAGAUGAUCUUAUUGAAAGAUGGUCCAUUCUGCAAAAAUGCCUUCUGUUAUGGUAAUCCAGAAAAUAGUUCGUCUCUGGGUACAAAACUUUCAGAUCAGCCAUCAGAAUAAUUUUGUUAACAUUCGCAAAGAGCUUUCAUUGCUUAAGUGUGAAACUGUAUCGUGGUAUUCUUUUGCUAUAAAGAAUAUGAUGACAGUGCUGUGUGUAUGAAAAUAAAAGAUUCUUCUGGAAAGGACUUUGUUUCUGACAAGAAAUCAAGGUUGAUGAAGCUCCAAUAGUUUCACUUCAAAUUGAGAAUCUCUUGCAUCAAUUGUAAUAGAGACAUGUAAUAUUGAGUGAGUGAAGACAUUCUUAUUGUUAAACUAAAAACAAUUACUCUUAGAUAUGGAAAGUUGCUGAGAUUAACAAUAAAAUUCCAGGUUUGCCUUCGAAUUUUUAAGGAUGAUGUUGCAUUGUGUCCAACGCUAAAUUUUUUGAGUUCACAAGGAUGUGGUUCCAAAACAAGGCAGUAUAUAUUUCAGGCUUUGUCUCUGAUCUUGAAAUUUUCAAAUGACAAGUAACUACAAGGAAUUUUUUGUGCCUGCAGAAUAAAAAUAGAUUAUAAAGUACGUAGACUGAUGUUUAUUGAC